AUGUCCACCACCACCCCCUCCCGCCCCUCCCGCCGCGCCGCCGCCUCCCGCAAAAAGAUAAUCGACUCCUCCUCGGACGAGGCGGCGCCCGGCUCCGCCAUCAAGCACGAGGAGCCCGACGACGAGUUCGAGGAGCAGACGCCGCCGAAGCGCAAGUCGCGGCGUGUCAGUGCCGCAGCCAGCAGCAGCAGCAGCGCAGCAGCAACCACCGCAAAGCCGCGGCGGCGCGUCAAGGCCCGCAAGACGGAGGAGGAGGAGGCCGAGGGGGAGGAGGAGCCCCCGAGGAAGCGCGCGGUGAGGGGGACACGCACGAGGAAGGCGGCGGCGCGUGGGGGGUCGGAGGUGCCGGCGCUGGAGGUGACGCCGCCGAAGGUGGAGGAGGAGGAGGAGGAGGAGGCUGAAGAGGAUGUGGACGUCGAUGCCACGCCGAGAGCACGACAGCAACCGCAACCACAGCCCGAGUCCCCAACACCGCAGUCCCGCCAGACCACGCCAGCCCCACAUCUGCAGUCCCGCCCCGCAACACCAACACCAGCACCAGCACAAGCAUCACGACAGACCACCCCCGCCCCGCACUCCCACUCCCACUCCCGCCACUCCACCGCGCCCCCCCAAACACCCCACAACCGCUCACACUCCGUCACCCCAGGCCCGCCACAAACCCCGCUGCGCACCAUCAUCGCCGAACUCAAGUCGUCGCCGUCGCCGCGCAAAGCCGCGCCCAUGUCGCCGCGCCCCGGCUCGCGCGACUCCAUGCUCGCGGCGGGCACGCAGGCGCCGCUCGUCGUCAAGAACCGCACCAACACGCUGUUUGAGCAGCAGCAGGCCGAGGAGCUCGCGGGCCCGAAGCCACGGCUCGUCAUCACGCAUCUGGUGCUCGUCAACUUCAAGUCGUACGCCGGGCGGCAGGAGGUCGGGCCUUUCCACGCCUCCUUCUCCUCCGUCGUCGGCCCCAACGGCUCCGGCAAAUCCAACGUGAUCGACUCCCUCCUCUUCGUCUUCGGCUUCCGCGCCUCCAAAAUGCGCCAAGGCAAGAUCAGCGCCCUGAUCCACAACAGCGCGCACCACCCCCACCUCGACCACUGCGAAGUGCAAGUCCACUUCCGCGAAGUCCUCGACUCACCCACCGGCGGCGACCCCACCCCGCUGCCAGACACCACCCUCGUCGUCUCCCGCCGCGCCUUCAAGAACAACAGCAGCAAGUACUACAUCAACGACGCCGUCUCCGACUUCACGGCCGUCACAGGCCUACUACGUGCCCGCGGAAUCGACCUCGACCACAAGCGCUUCCUGAUCCUACAAGGCGAGGUCGAGAGCAUCGCGCAGAUGAAGCCGAAGGCCGCCUCCGGCAGCGACGACGGGCUGCUCGAGUACCUCGAGGACAUCAUCGGCACGAGCAAGUACAAAGCGCCGAUCGAGGCGAGCGCGGGCGAAGCGGAGGAGCUCAACGAGGUGUGCGUCGAGAAGCAGGGGCGCGUGGCGCACGUCGAGAAGGAGAAGGUUGCGCUGGAGGGGCGCAAGGACGCGGCGCUGGAGUAUCUGCAGCGCGAGAACGAGCUCGCGCUGAAGAAGGGCGCGCUGUAUCAGCUGUUUGUGGGCGAGUGCGAGGAGAAUGUUGCGGUGACGGGGGGCGUGGUGGCGCAGGUGCAGGCGAGGCUGGAUGAGGAGCUGGAGAGGAGGGGGGGGAGUGAGGAGGGGAUUCGCAGGUUGGAGGGGAGGUAUAAGGAGGGUGCUAAGGAGGUUGAGGAAGUCGAAGAGGCGACCAAGGCAAUCCUGAAGGAGAUGAGCCGGAACGACAAGGAGAACGUCAAGUUCCAAGAGAAGGAGAAGUUCCUCACGCAGAAGCAGAAGAAGCUGCAGAAGUCCAUCCAGACGAACAAACUCGCCGCCUCCGAAGCCACCUCCAUGAUCGAGAAGCACACCGCCGACAUCGCCCGCCACAGCGCCGAGAUCGCCUCCCACGAGCAGAACCUCGCCGUCCAGGAAGCCGAACUCGACCGCAUCCGCGACACGCUCAAAGAGAAGACGCAAGGCUUCUCGGACCAGAUCGCCGCCAAGCAGAAGUCGCUCGAGCCGUGGAAGGAGAGGAUCAACGCGAAGCAGUCCGCCAUCGCCGUCGCGCAGUCCGAGCUGGACAUCCUGCACGAGAAGGCCAACGCCUCCAACAACGCCCUCGAGGAGGCGCGCGCAAAGAUCACGGCCAUCCAGAACGCGCGCGCGACCAAAGAGCAGGAGCUGAAAGAGUGCCGCAAGGAGCUCAGCCGCCUCGAGAAGGAGGCCGCAAAGGUCGAGACCUCGCUCGGCGCCAUGGCCGCCAAAGAAGCCCCGCUCCGCACCAACCUCUCGAGCGCGCGCCAGAAGGCCGACGAAGCCAAGGCCUCCCUCGCCGCCACCCAGACCCAAGGCACCGUCCUGACGGCGCUGAUGCGCCUCAAAGAGUCCGGGCGCAUCGAGGGCUUCCACGGCCGCCUCGGGAACCUGGGCACCAUCGACGCCCGCUACGACGUCGCCAUCUCGACCGCCUGCCCGCAGCUCGACAACAUGGUCGUCGACACCGUCGACGCCGGCCAGCGCGCCAUCGACCACCUGCGCAAAAACAACCUCGGCCGCGCCAACUUCAUCUGCCUCGACAAGCUGCCCAACCGCCCCCUCGGCCCCAUCGCAACCCCCGAAAACGUCCCCCGCCUCUUCGACCUCGUCACUCCCAGGGCCCCCGCCCUCGCGCCCGCCUUCUACAACGUCCUGCAGAACACCCUCGUCGCGGCGGACCUCGCACAGGCCAACCGCAUCGCCUACGGCGCGCAGCGCUGGCGCGUGGUAACCCUCACCGGCCAGCUCAUCGACAAGUCCGGCACCCUCACCGGCGGCGGCAGCACCAUCUCACGCGGGCGCAUGUCGUCCAAGCUCACCGCCGAGACCACGCGCGACCAAGUGACCAAGCUCGAGGUCGACCGCGACGCCCAAGAGCGCGCCUACACCUUGUUCCAGUCCGAGCAGCGCGAGCUCGCCACAGCGCUUCGCGACCUCCGCGAGCGCAUCCCCGAGGCGCAGACCGCCAUCUCCAAGAUCGAGCUAGAGCUGUCGAGCGCCGCGCGCCACCUGGCCGACGCCGAGAGGCGCGUCAAGGAGCUGACGGUGCGCGGGCGCAAGUCCAGCGCCGACGAGAGCGUCGGGCGCAUCCGCGCGCUCGAGCAGCACGUCGCAGCCCUCGAAUCCGAGAUUGCGGGGCUGCACGCCGAGACGGCGGGCCUCGAGGCCGAGAUCCGCGCGCUGCAGGACCGCAUCAUGUCCGCGGGGGGCAUCCAGCUGCGGUCGCAAAAGGGCAAAGUCGACGGGCUGCGCGAGCAGCUCGAGCUCGCCAACGAGCAGGUGGCCGCCGCAGACCUCGCGCGCGUCAAGGCCGAGAAGAACCUCGCCAAGGCGCACAAGGCGCAUGCGGGCGGGGCGGCCGAGCUGGGCGCCGUGGCGGAGGAGCUCGAGGCGCUGAAGGACGAGAUCCGGGCGCACCGGCUUGCGUGCCAGGAGAGCGCCGCGCGCGCCGAAGAGGCUGCCGCAUACCUCGAGGAGAAGAAGGACGGCCUCGCGGCGCUGAAGAGCGAGCUCGACGAGCGCACGGCCGGGCUGAACAAAACCCGCGCAGCAGAGAUCGAGAUGAAGAACAAGCUCGACGAGCACCACAAAGUGCUCGUCGAGAACCAGAAGCGCAGCGCGCACUGGCAGAAGGAGCUGUCCAAGCUGUCGCUGCACAGCGUCGCGGGGCUGACGGGCGGCGGCGACGACGACGACGACGACGCAAUGGACGAGGACACCGAGCUGCCCGUGUACAGCCGCGACGAGCUGGGCGACCUCGACAAGGCGCAGCUGAACGCGCAGAUCGCCGCGCUCGAGGAGAAGCUGGCCAACGUGAACGUCGACCUGGCCGUGCUGGGCGAGUACCGGCGGCGGGUCGAGGAGCACGCUGCGCGGUCCGCCGACCUGGACACUGCGGUGGCCGCGCGCGACGGCGUCAAGGCGCGGCUGGACGACCUGCGGAACCGGCGGCUGGAGGAGUUUAUGGCGGGCUUCAGCGCCAUCUCGUUGCGGCUCAAGGAGAUGUACCAGAUGAUCACGAUGGGUGGGAAUGCGGAGCUGGAGCUUGUCGACAGCCUUGAUCCGUUCAGCGAGGGGAUCCUGUUCAGCGUGAUGCCGCCAAAGAAGAGCUGGAAGAACAUCUCGAACCUGAGUGGCGGGGAGAAGACGCUGAGUUCGCUGGCGCUGGUGUUUGCGCUGCACCAUUAUAAGCCCACGCCGCUGUAUGUGAUGGAUGAGAUUGAUGCGGCGCUGGACUUUCGCAAUGUCAGUAUUGUGGCGAGCUAUAUUAAGGAGCGCACGAAGAAUGCGCAGUUUAUUGUCAUCUCGUUGAGGAAUAAUAUGUUUGAGCUGGCGGAGAGGUUGGUGGGCGUUUACAAGGUUAAUCAUAUGACUAAGAGCGUCACGAUCGAGAAUAGGGAUUAUAUUGAGAAGCGCUGA